AUGCAUCGUCUUUUUGCUGAGCUGGAGCCAUCUUUAACCGUCACAGAGCAAAACCUGGCAGACCGAGUUUGGUAUAUCUUGCGCUCAAAUAUAUUUGAUGUCACCGAACUCGAACGGCUACGACGUGAGGCUGUUCCCUCGUCGGAUGAGAAUGCUACGGAAGAGGAUGCGGCGCCAAAAAUGGUAGAGCAACCCGCAAACGUGGAUGCCGCCGUGAAUACCCCAGUUGUGGUUGAUUCAAACGAUGAUGGAACAGUCGCCCAGGAACUGGAAUUAGAGCAUAUGAGGAGUACAUUGGAAGAGGCGAUUGUGGAAACGCGCAGUACGCCUCUCGAAAAUCGACCGCGACUUCCCCGCAUAGCCCUAAGCAAGCGGAAUCGGGCUGUCGUGAGGGCUCUGAACCCAAUGCUGGUGACCUAUUUCGAUGCCCGCCGGGACCUUUGCGAGACGGACUCAAUUCUUUUUGGCGCCGCGCUGGCAGUCUGCCGUAUCAUAGGCGCCAAGGUUUCCACGGCUGGACGCGCUACUGGCCAUAGUAGCGCUAUACCAGCAUGGAGAAGAAGAAUUGAGGAACGUAUCGCAAAGGCUAGAGCUCUCAUCGGCAGACUGAUAUGCUUCAGAUCAGGCAACAACAGGCCAAGAAUUGUGCGCACCGGCGUUUGCUGGGACAAAUGUCAGUUUGUCCCAGCCGGAUAUAACGCAAAAACUGACGGAGCGCAUAGAUGA